AUGGAUCUUCUUGUAGAAGACGAAGAUGAAUUUAAAGAUGCUGAAAUAAGUGGAAGUGAAGAUGAGUUACAAGAUGCUGAUGCCGAGAGGAAACGAAGCAGACUCAUUGAUUCUGUUUUGGCCCUCAAUAAGAAAAAUGCCAAAUAUACACAGAGAACAAUCCGAUCAAAAGAAAUAACAGAAUUCAAUUUUGGUUCCAGUAAUUCAUCAGGCAAAAUUCAUGUUGGUGAAUUGCUCCAGUCGUUGGUUAAAAUUCAGAAAAAUAAAAAGAUAAAAAACCAAUUGAAAAGAAUUAAAGAAACUGACCUUUUGAAGAAACCUCUCCCCAAGCAUGAACAAGAAAAAUUUGAUCGAACCACUGCUUAUCAAAAGGCCAGUGAGGAAAUAUCUGCUUGGAAUUCUACUGUCUGGCAAAAUCGCAAAAAAGAACAUCAAGAAUUCCCUUUACAAACAGAAAAGGUGGAAGUUUUUAAUAAUCAGACAUUUUGUAAGAGAUUUGUGGCAAGGAAUCCUCUUGAAUUAGAAAUCCAAGCACUUCUUCAUAAACAUGGUAAGACAGAACAAAGAAACAAAAUGCUUACACCAACUGAAGAAAAAGUUCUCAAAGCCAUGGAUAUCAAUGAAGCAAAAAGACGUCGGAAUGAAUUAAUGAAGUACAAGGCUUUGUUGAAUUACCAAGAACUAAAAGCGAAAUGGAAAGGAAAGAUCAAAAGCAAAAACUAUCGGCGACGUUUAAAGAAAGAAAGAUUAGAGAAAGAAAAAAGUAACAUUCAUGAAUUGGCUGAGAAAGAUCCAGAAAAGUUUGAGGAGAAAAUGAAAAUGGUUGACAAGUCAAGAGUGAAGGAACGAGCUUCCUUAAAACAUCGAGGGGGAAGCAAAUUUCAAAAGAAACAAAUGAUGUAUGCUAAAUACGACCCAAACACACGAGACAGAAUUGCAGAAAUGGUCAGCAAGAACAAGGAACUGACCAAAAAGCCUAUUGUAUUUUCUGAAGAAAGCAGUGAUGAGAGUGACAGCAGUGAAGAAGAAGAAGAAGAAGAAAGACCUAUCAGAACCCUGACCAAUUCCAGUAAUUCUUGGAUGAGUCAAAAGAAUGCAGCGACAAAGACGCCUGUUCGGAUACAGGUUAAUCCCAAAAUAAUAUCGGUAAACAAACCACAGGAACCUCUUGUGGAGGCUGAUAAUGUUGAAUUGAUCACAGAAGAAGUGAUGCCGACAAGUCUGCGAGAAGCAAUGCCAGGAAAGAAGACAGUGGAAGCACCAGCAGUGCCAGAAAAUGAAUCUUAUGUUGAUGCUGGUCAAGUGCUGAGUGCUGGUAACAACAUCUCUACCAGCAUGCCGAUGCUUUUGGUGAAUGAAGAAUCAGAAGACGAGGACAAUGAUGAUGAUGAUAAGGAGCAAAUGGCUUUAAGUCAAGCUUUUGCUGAUGAUGAUGUUGUGCAAGCUUUUUCAGAAGAGAAACGAAAAACUGUAAAUGCUGAAAAUCCCUCAGAUCUUGAUCUUGUCCAGCCUGGAUGGGGUUCAUGGUGUGGAAAUGGCUUGACUGUCCCAAAAUGGAAAAGGAAAAGGUUUACCAUUAAAGCUAACCGUAAAAGACGUAAAGACGACCGUUUGGGCCAUGUCAUCAUAAAUGAGAAAAAAGACAAGGUUAUUUCAGCAUACCAGGUGAAAGAAGUUCCCUUCCCCUUCACAGAUGCCAAAACUUUUGCUCGGAGCAUAAGGGCACCAAUUGGCAAAGAAUGGAACUCCCAGAUUGCACUUAAUAAACUAACCGAACCAAAAGUGACCACAAAAUCUGGGACAAUCAUUAAACCAAUUGACAAAAGUGUCUUGCUCAAAAAAGACAAAGAAUAG